UGUUAAAAUCUUGAAAAUAGUAAAGUCAGUGGCGUUUUGAACUCGUGUCCAUGCUGUUUGUCAUGUGUAAACUGCUCACCUGUGGUCACACUUGGCUGCAUCAUAUCAAAGGCAUCUGGUACUCUGCUGGUUAAUUAAUCUACCAGUUUACCUACCUGACUACACAACAACGGCAUAUUUUACGUAUUUUACUUUAUCGUGGUUUAAAAAAGUUAAACGCGCCAAAUGUCAUGGCAUAUAGGAGAAGACGACAACUCUCACUUCCAGAUCACAGUGAUAGGUAUGCACCCAACAACAUGGACCAGCUUUCUUUCAAAUACAUGAUGUGUAAAGUGGAGUCCAGCACCGAUUCUGACUCUGAGAUCAGUCCAAGAUGGUCGGACACCAGCACUAUGGGAUGUGUGAGCAGUGCACCAGAGAGUGGGACUUUUCGGCGGACAUUGCCACACAAGCCUGCAGGAAGGCAUGGCUGUUAUUCUUUGUUUUUGGACCCAUAUGAUGGGAGCUCUGAGGAUUCUGACGAGUCCAACGUCGACGUGGGUAUCUCCAGCAGGCGAACAAGGCAGCAGGGAAAAGGUGGAGGAGGAACCUGUCGGUUCUCGGGCAGGAGCAGGAGAGUUAUCCUUCAUCACCCGGCCUCUGUUGCACUCAGAGAAGUGGUGAAAAAUGGGACGCGAGAUGCUGUGACAGAGCAGCAACAUCUUUUGGAUGUCCAGAUGAAAUGUGGGAGUGACUCUAAACUGUGGGUCUGUCAGCUUGACAUUCUGCCCUCCCACAGUGACAGGGAUGGUUGUAGAGAUCUUAAAGGGGAAAUGGCCAAUGAUUCAACAAUGCACACCCAAACCAUGGAUAUAGAAUUACAUUGCCAAUUUGAUGAUUCAGGCAUGCACGCUACAAGACCGUCCACACCUCAAACACCUGGACCUGUCACCCCAGUGGAAGGGAGUUCAUCCCAGAUGCUGGAUAGCUCCUCUGUGAGACCCCCCAACGCCUGUAACCACAGAUCUGUUUACAAGAGAAAACUGAGUUUCCCUGGAGCAGAAGUGGUGGAGCUGGGGCAAAGAAAGAGGCAGUGUGUGGUCAACAUGGAGGACGAACAAGAGGGAGUGGACUCUGCGUCUGAACCAUGUCAGAGCCAUAUAACCACAGACUGACAGACUGAAGCACUGCGGUCAUAUUCAGAGCCUUAAAUACUAUAAAUAGUUUGUUUACUCAUGUAUAGAUAUAUUGGUGUAGAGAUCUGAAGGUUUAAUUUCCAACCUCCAGUUAUUUUGAGUGUCUCACAGGUGUCACAUAUCGUGCUGACUGUCUAUAAGCAAUUAUGAUUUUUGUUGGGAGAUUUACCAUAUUAGCCUGGGUCUCCAUAAUAGACCAAAGUACAACCUAUGCACUGGUAAUGAAGAAACUGUACAUUACAGACCAAUAAAAGAAAAA